UUUUGGGGUGAAUUUUUUUUCGGAAAAUCUCAUUCAGAUAAAAUGGCAUUGUAACUAUAUUAUAACACUAUCAACAUGUUGGCACCUAAAUCAGGCCGUUUCUUUUAGUUUCAGUUGGCCUCAUUGAUGGAAGCUUUGAAAACCUGACCUUAAUAAACCUUGAUAACGAUUUCCAGUACGUAAUGUUAGAGAAAACAUUAAGCAAACAGCUCCAAUUACAGAGACUCUGUUGUUUAUAUCGGUAUGGCCAAUCAGAAGCCAGGACGAGUGUCACGUGAUUUCAAGCUCAGGAACAGACUUUAUUUUUGGGGUUCCAAGUUCUUCCGGUGGAUUUUCGACUAUUGAACUUCAUAUGACAACUCAGAGUAGCGCAGAUGUACGAGUUACAGUCCCUUUCCUGAAUUUCAAUCAACAUUAUGUAUUUACAAAACACACCUCCGUGAACAUCGGUCCUACUGUGGCGCAUAGUACCAAUGGAACCCAGUUUAAAGCUAUUGAAAUCCACUCGACUAGACCAAUCUGGGCUGCGAUAGUGACUACUGCGAAUUAUGAAUUAGAGGCAUUCUUGCUUCUUCCGGUGAACGCAUUAUCAACCGAAUACUUCAUUCCGUCGUACCACACAUACCGAUACCGUGCCGGUUAUAAGUUGUCCCAAUUCUUAAUCGUUGCAACUGAAGCUGACACGAGAGUGGCGAUUGAAUUUCCCUCCACAUUUACUCCAUGGGCAAAAGGACAAAUUCUGAUUGAAUUGCAAAAGUACGAAACGUAUCUGUUUCAAAAUCAAAUAGACACCACUGGAACACUUGUCACUAGUGAUAAACCAGUUUCUGUCGUCGCAGGUGAUAAUUAUGGUACAGUGCCUUUCAACGGCACUAGCUAUGGGUAUAUGGUUGAGCAAGUCCUACCAACCAGAUUCUAUGACUUCAAAUUCAUAGUUCCUGCACUUAGCCCACGCGACGACUACUACAUCCGCAUUUUCUCCAUUUAUGACGACACGGAGGUGAACAUGUACAAUUCAACAACACAUGACUCACACUUCUUGAAAAGGCUCGAGCCAUUUACAGGUCAUUUCAUGGCAGAACCGACUUUGUUGCUAGCUGAUAAGCCCAUUUAUGUGAUGAUUUACUCAACUAACAUUUUUAUGAUGACUGCGCAAGCCCUGUCACAGUUUCAGUCUGAGUAUGAAUUUACCCUUCAACGCUAUACGAGUGCUAACAUCAUUGCUGUAACUAUAAAGACAGCUGACGUCAAAGAACUUUAUCUUGACGGCAACAAACUUGACAUAAACAACACGAAAACCAUACAGGUCUCAUCCCCCCUGCAGGACUACAGUGUUCUCUAUAUCCCCGUCACUGGGGCAACUAUUCAUCGAAUCCAUCACUCUAGGCAGCGAAAGUUCGGGGCGGUACUGUACGAAUCCGGCAAUAGCUAUGCUUACGGAAUGCCUCUACAGAUGACACUCACAGAUAUUGGAUGUUACCUGACCAAUGGCACGAACAGUACGCUCGCCCCAGGACAAGGGUCUCAUCUGGGAUCUCAAAUUAACUACCAAGCUUCAGGUAAGGAUAUUCACUGCUUCAAUUGUGAGGAUAUGACUCAUCUCAAGUAUUGUGACAGGGUGACAACAUGUAGGGAAAACGAGGUUUGUUACGUCCAGAGCUACUCCAAGAGUCUCAACGCCGUUCGCUACAAGUCAGGCUGCACAAGUAAACUGAAUUGUCGGAGUCAUGGUUCAUCCGGGUGCUUUGAAUGUUGUGAUGGAAGUUACUGCAAUUUCCACGGGUGUCGUGAUAAUAGUCUGGUAGGGAUAUCCCAGAGAGGACCGUUCUGUUUUGAAUGUCGGCACAUUGGGGCCGGAGAUGUAUGUGAAACCGUGCAGCUGUGUUCAGUGACUGAGGCAUGCAUGGUUGAAGAAUAUAAGUGGGGCGAAAAUGACAGACAUUACAUCCAGGGAUGCACUGACGCUCAGCUCUGCAGUAGUACAAGAAAACGAGCCGUUGCUGAGCUGGACAGGGAUUGGAGGAAUGUGCCCGGCUGCUCUCACUGUUGUACAACAGAUUUCUGCAACUCAAACUGCACAACUGACAGCAUCAGCCCAGGAAUUAUUGGUUGAAGGCUGUUCGACAUCGCAACAGAUUUUGUGAGCUUAAACAUGUUUAUUAAACAAACUGAAUAUGUACGCAUUCAUUUUAAUAAACAAC